AAAGUUUUUUGGUGAAUGCACAUUUAAUCACUUUCACUUUCCACAUUAUUCCUAUUUUGGUUUCAUGCUAUAUCUAUGUGUGAUCUUGUGUGUAUUGAUUUUGUGAAAUUAUUAGGAAAUUAAUUCUAACGCUACUGGAACUUGUAAGCUGAUUAUUUAAAGUUUACUUAAAACUAUUUUCUGUAUUUAAUUUAUUUCAUCUUUUUUCCUAUCCUCGGCCAUGGCUUGGGAAAUCAGUGUGGUAUUGUUGGUAAUUGGGUUCGUGGCAUGGGCAUACCGGGCCUUGCACCCUCCCGCCCCUCGUCUAUGUGGGACGAGGGGCGGGCCACCCCUCGUAGGACCCAGAAUCAAACUAAGGGAUGGAAGGAACUUAUCAUACAAAGAGCAUGGAGUCCCUAAAGAGGCAGCCAAAUACAAGGUCAUCUUGGUCCAUGGCUUCAGCUCUAGCAAACACGAAGCCUCCAUCACUGCCACGGAAAUGGUGGGAAAACUAGGGAUACACUUUGUCUCCUUUGAUAGGCCAGGGUAUGGCGAGAGCGAUCCCGACCCGAAUAGGACCAUGAAGAGCUUAGCUCUAGACAUAGAAGAGCUCGGACAUCAGUUACAACUUGGUACAAAGUUUUACAUCAUUGGAAAUUCCAUGGGAGGACUUGCUGUUUGGGGAUGCCUAAAAUACAUUCCUCACAGGCUAGCAGGGGCUGCAUUGAUAGCUCCGGUUGUGAACUACUGGUGGCCUAGUUUUCCUCCAACUUUAGCCACAGAGGCAUACAAUCUCCAACCAGUUCAGGACCACUGGGCGUUGCGUGUUGCACGCCACACCCCCUGGCUUGUCUACUGGUGGAACACUCAGAAAUUGUUCACGGGCUCCAGCGCUGUAACUGGGAUACCAACCUUCACCGGGCCCGACCUCCAAGUCAUUGCCAAAUUGGCCGGAUCAGGAGCAGCAGUGUCUCACAAGCCGUACGCGACGCAGCAGGGCGUGCAUGAGUCCUACCAUCGCGAGUUGAUGGUGGGAUUCGGGCACAGGGAUCUUGAUCCGAUGCAGAUUGAGAAUCCCUUCCCACAUGGGGAGGGAUCUGUGCAUCUGUGGCAUGGCAUUGACGACGGCGUUGUGCCCGUGUCGCUUCAACGCUACAUUGCGGAGCAGCUGCCAUGGGUGCAAUACCAUGAGCUGCCAAAUGCUGGGCAUCUCUUCUCAUUUGGUGAAACUGCUGCCAAAGAUGCUAUAUUGAGCAAGCUUUUGAUAUAGCUCAUAAAAUGGAAGGGAAAUAAACAUGUUUGAAAAUAAUCGACAAACCUGUGUAAGUCGUAUGCUGUGAUCAUGGGGUUAAUUAUGACUCAAGUAUUUAAUUUGGAUUGGAUUAGUACAAUGUGAAUCAUUUGAUAACUUGCGCAUUUACACGUA